CUCCCAGACAUUAAAAACCCGCAGGCGGGCGGCGGGACGCUUCGGCGGACGGAGCAGCUGCCCUCGGAGACGGAUUGAGCCCCUGUUCUGCCGCGCUCGCCGGACUCGCCCUCCCGACGCGCGGAUCCGGAGAUGCUCGCCGCCCAGCGGUGAGGUCGGGCGCCCGCUGUCCAGAGGCCCCGCACGGAUUCCGACGUCGCUCGGGCGCCCGCUGCCCAGAAGAGGCGCCCGGUCGCGCUCCGGUCUGCUGGCCCCGGGAGGCGCUUCGGGACCGGGUCCUCCUGUCCUCGUUCCCGUGCGCGACUUCGGUAAUCGAAUGGACCACCAACCCACCCCCAGGAGCUGCAGCCGGGGGCCCCCAGCCUGCGAGUCGGUUCAGAGCGACCCGUCGAUGAAUGUUUUCGUCCACACGACCACCGGGGCCCGGUAUGAGCUCUCUGUGCCCGUGGAAGAGACGGUGGAAGGUCUGAAGCGCCGCUUGUCUCAGAGGCUCAAAGUCCCCAAGGAGCGCCUGGCCUUGUUGCACAAAGAAAGACGUCUUAGUUCAGGCAAACUGCAAGACCUGGGGGUCAGCGAAGGAAGCAAGUUAACCCUUGUACCUACGGUAGAAGCCGGCUUGAUGUCUCAAGCAUCCAGACCAGAACAGUCUGUAAUGCAGGCACUGGAAAGUUUAACAGAAACUCAGGUAAAUGACUUCCUGUCCGGACGGUCGCCGCUGACCCUCGCCCUGCGCGUCGGGGACCACAUGAUGUUCGUCCAGCUGCAGCUCGCCGCCCAGCAGAGCGGGGUGCAGCUGCAGCACCGCCACGUGGUCGCCAGCCGCGGCGAGCAGGUCGGAGGGCCUGCGGCCACAGCGCCUUUGACCACCGCCAGCCCGGCCGGCCCCGGGUGCCGCCCGCUCCACAGCGGCAGCCCAGCUGCCCCCGACUUCGCCCGAGUCCCCACAGUGCCUGCUUGCCAGCCGAGCCCCCCCGCCUCCCCCACCGCCGUGCCCUCCCCGGCUCAAGCCACGCCCGCGUACUGCAGCCCGGCCCACCCCACGCCCAUCACGGCAGGGAUGUUCCGGUCGCACGGGGCCGGCACGCAAGCCGUGGGCGGCAGUGGCAUCGUGUCUCCGUGUUCAGAGAUGGACUGCAGCACACGGAGCAAUGGUUCACCCAGCGCCAGCCCAGCCCAGCCUUCCCGUACCCGCAAACCCGGUGCAGUGAUUGAGAGCUUCGUUAACCAUGCCCCAGGGGUCUUCUCGGGAACAUUCUCUGGCACUUUACACCCCAACUGCCAAGACAGCAGCGGCCGACCACGGCGGGACAUCGGCACCAUCCUGCAGAUCCUCAACGACCUGCUGAGCGCCACCCGGCACUACCAGGGCAUGCCCCAGUCGCUGACCCAGCUGCGCUGCCAGACCCAGUGCUCGCUCUCGCCCUCCCCACCCCCCUCCCCAGAUCUUGCCGGCAACUCUACCUCAGAGAGGAUGGGCGGCACUAGCCAGACCUUGCCGUUGGGGGCCCAGUGCCCGGGCCAGAUGGCAAGCUGCAAACCGACCGGCGACCGACUGCGGCAGACAGAGAACCGCGCCACCCGAUGCAAAGUAGAGCGCCUGCAGCUUCUGAUGGAGCAGAAACGACUCCGGCGAAAGGCCCGGCGAGACGCCCGCGCCCCGUACCACUGGCUGCCGAACCGCAAAUCCAGCCGAACCAACAGCAACAGCAGCGACGGCAGCCUCGACUUGGACUUUGAGGACUCGGUGUGGAAGCCCGAAGUCAAGACGGACCUGAAGUCUGAAUUUGUCGUAGCAUAAAAACAUAAAAAAUGAAUAACGAACCUCGUUUAGGGGAAUUUGAAGUGUUUUGGGUCGGGAGGAAAUGUUGGGAAGCAAAAAUAAGAAAAGACCAUUUAGUAAUAAUUACAGAAUACAUUUUUGGUCCAGGAAAGCAAAGUUUUUUGGGAGUUUGAUUCUGAAAGACUCGAUUAUUGAGGAUUUCUCUCAGUCAGACCUCACCUUUGGAUGUAUUUAGGUGGAUGCAACGUCCCCUUGGAGAACUGUAAUUUUUGCUAUUUUCCGAAAGAAAAAAACCAGCCUCUCUGUUUUAGAUUUGUUUUAAGAGCUGGAGCAGUUCGGGGCAAAUUGAACGGGCAAGAGACAGUCCUUCCCAGGAAGAGAACUCGAAAAGAAGAUGACAAAUGCUUUUUUUUUAAAGGUGGUUUCUUUCUGUUUUUGCGGUUCAAGAAAGGGGAUCCUUCAACCGGCUGCCUUAGUCUGUCUGCGGAAGAGAAGAUGGGCCUGGAAGAUGGCAGGGGCUGGACUUGUGUAGAACCUAGUAUGGGAGGGAGGAUUUAAAAUGCCCUGUUUCUUGAUUAUUCUUUAUUUUGAGGCACAGGGAGGGGAAAGCAAGGGCCAGGAAAGAGAAUUUGGUCCAUGUCCACAAAUUUGCUCGCUUCCCUGUGAAGUCAGCAAGAAUACCCAUUUAAAAUUGGAGGCAGUUUUAUCGCUGGAAGCAUCCUCUUUAAUUUGUUUCUUUUUGGUGACUUCUGUGUAACGGGAAGCGCUGUGCACCCUUCAGGCAAAGCGGAGGACUGGAUUUGGGUGGGUGGGUCAAAAGAUGGAUUUGGGGCGUGUGAGUGUGUGUGUGGGUGUCUUCUCUUCCUUUCCCCUUCCCUUGAUAUGUAGCAUUUCUCAAUGAAUCUUGAAGCUGCCGAAUCUUCGCUUUCUUUUCCACCGAUGUUUUCCUUGCAGGAUUGCAUGCACUUUAGAGAGGUGUGAGUUGCAAAACUAGCCCCUAAAAGGUUUUGGAUCUCCCAGGGUGAUACCAGAGGGCAGGGAAAGAAACACUUAAGCCCACAAGUUCAUGCCCUCCCCCUCCCUCCCUUGUGCGAUCUCUGCUUUGUACAUCUCUGAUGUGAUAUUUUGACUUACUUUUUCAAACUGUGCACAUUAAACAUUAGCAAGAUUGCUGGGUUCUGCUUUUUUCCUUUUUCAAUUGUCGCUGGGAGAUAGUGGUAGGCUGAGAGACUGAAGGCUAGCGACUUAAUAAUUUUCUCUCUACUUGCCCUGUUGCACCUUCUGCACAGGAAAACUGGAAAUCUUUUCAGGUCUGUAAUUCUCCCUCGUCCCCAAACCAUUCCAUCCCAGUUACUCUGCUCCAAUCAUUCGGCGUCAUUCUCUGCCCCAGCUGAUUCUGCUUAUUGUGGUAUAGUCAUCACCAGGUUACUCCACCCCUCCCACCUUCUUAUGCUGCAGAGCGGGGGAGUCCCACAUCUGCCUUUCCAUGAACACCCAGUGGGACUCCUUGUUUCUAGAGACUGAAAGCCCCCCUCUUUUUAGCACCUGGAAAUCCCUGCACCUGUAACAUUCCGAUUUGCUAACCUCGUUUUCCUCCGUGGGGCAUGGAUACCUCCAGCCCCCUUAGAGCUCACCACACGAAAAUCCCAGAGGUACACUCUGUUGUAGUGACUGAGUUUUCUUUCUGGGUAUUUUUUUUUAAUGAAAUGAACAUGAAAUUGAAUCUGGUGACUUAAUGAGAUACUCGGGCUUUGUGUGUGUGUGUUAAAUUGUUAUUUAUAGAUUAAACUAUCUGAGCCAGCUAUUUUUUCACAUUGUAGAAUUGUUGUCCUUUUUUCUUCUGUCCAAGCCUAGCAACCACAAGUGUGUGUGUGAGUGUGUGUGUGUUUUUUCAAGGAAGGGAGCCGCCAUCCCAAGAGGAGGGCAAAGGAAAAUUAUGGGAUGUGGCCCUAACUUUUUCGGCCACAUGGCUGCAACAUGAAACGAGUAUUAAGUGGCCAAUGUGGAUUUUUGCCCCCUGUGGGGCACGUCUCCGUUCCAGCACUAACAUGAAAACCAGGCUUCCCUUACAAAGGGGGGGUUAUAAUCCUGGAAGGCCACUGACCAGCUCUUAACAGAGGGUAGCCAGCUUCUCCUGCUUUGUGGGAUCCUUGAACCUGUUCCCAAACUGCUCAGACCUUUUCCAAAACCUGCGUUUUAAGUCGGUCAGGUGCUUUUGUGUGUUUGCAUCUGUCUCCAAAGACCCACGGGAGAUUUGGAGAGGGGGCACUCUGCUGCAGCCCAGCUCUGACCACACGCCUGGUGUUGGAAGCAGACUUCCCUCGAGCAUCGUGUGUGCCCCAGUCAUGUUAGGGGAAGGCUGUUGUGUGUGGGUGUUUUAAGUCCCGCAAUGUGGCCUGUAGAAAUUCUUUUAGAAAUGUUUGGGGGCCUCUUGAGCUCGAAAGAGCCACUUCUGUGGUCCUCUUGGGUUCAAAGACUCCUUUACGGUUCUCUUGUAUUAUCUGUUGUGUUUUGAGCCUUAACUUUGCCAGAUGUGGAGAGAGAGCGUUGCAUCUUCUGGCUUGCCUCGUUUCCCCUUUUGGGGUAACGCCUUCACAUGUUGCCAGGUCCUGAUCCAUGCUUUCUCACACCCCUUCUUUCCAGCAGUCAGUGGUUGAAAGUGACCGAAGAAAUAGCAGUUGACCACUGGCUUAGGCCUUCAGAGGUUUUAAACACUACUUGCUUUUUGUUUUUCAAAGGCAGAAUAAACAUUUGAAGCAAGUCCCUCACUUUGGGAUUGUUUGCAUAUCCGUCACUCCGUUACUUUUUUCUUUCCUUCCUUGUGCCGAAAUUCUAUCCUUCACAGCUGCCGAACUUCAUUCCUUUUUUCCAUAGAGCAAUUCCAUUUCCUGGCAUCCUAUUUAAAGGUGACCCUAUGCCCUGCCCACUAUUUCUUGGAAGUUAAGGAUGAGAUGUUCAAGGGGGCGGGGGGGCGGGGUUUAGGAAAUGCCUGGAAAACACUCGAUGCCCCAGGAGGACCUGAGCCAUGGUACCACGAAUUUUCCUCAUGGCUUGUGUGUGUGUGUUUUUUUUUUUUUUAAAUUUCCAAACAGAUUCUUAAAGGCCUGCCCCGUACUUAGACAGGAAAAUCUGUCCUUCGCAGAAUAAUGUCCCUUAAGCCACAAUUUCAGGUAGAAAAUUGGACAUCUCCCAGGCAGCCCAGCCAUACUGGGAUUUGAUUUUAUAAAAAGCUUUUGCCCUUGAAUUUCUAUACACUAACUAAUACACAAAACUAUCCCUUACUUGUUUAAACUGAAGAGUUAGGGACAAUUUGAAAAAAAAAAUGCAUUUCCACAUCCACCACUAAGUCACCUUUUCUUCCCAACUAAAUUGGACUGACUAGUAAAAUUAAGAGUUAAGUUUCUUAUGGGUUUUUUAGCCUUCCCACCCCUGCAAUGGAAAUGUUGACGCAGCCACCCCAAGUCAAUUUCUCAUGGCAAAAAAAGCACAUUGUGUUUUGGUAUUGCUUUCAUUUAGUGCGCUUUUUAAAAGUCACAAAAAUACAGAGGCAAAGGAGUGCGGGCCAGUGAGAAAGAACUUUUCUUUUAUAAAACUUGGGCUUUAAUGAACCAAUUUAGCAACAUUCCAUGGCAAAUCUGUGUUUGGAUGUGCUACUAAAGCCUAACCUGGGAAAAGGGGAACAUCAUGGAUUUGAACGGUGUUCCCCAGGACCAGUGCUACCACUCUCCUUUACAGAAGAACUCGAAUCCAGAAGCCCCUCACAAAAAAGGCAUCUCUUCCAAAGAAUCAAAGUAGGUUUAAGUGGUCCUAAAACACACCUUGGAGUCCAGUUUUGGAAGCCCUUGCACUGCAGACCUGGUUCAUCUCUUUGAAACAAUUCCCCCCUCUGCAUCUUAGCUCCUCUUCCCGCUUCACAAGGGUCCCCCAGCCUAUUCUCUGCAUUCUUAAAAGUCGGCCUCCCAGUGCCGGCUGCCAAAAUUUGCAUCAAUCCGUCUCUUCAUCCUCACGUUCCCUUCUGGUCAAAUAGUGCUGUUACACUUCCAGUUUCUUUUCCCUAGAUGUGAAAUUCGUCUGUAUGUGAUGCUGUAGCGGGUUUUUAAUUUUUUGUAAUUUUUUAUUAUAUAUUUAAAUAUACUACUUUUUGUAUGGUUUGAGUGCGUGUAUCUGUGUCCUGGUUAUCCAUUUUCCCACCCUCUCGUCUGGCAGAGGUGGGUUGCCUUUAUUAUUCUGGUUCUGGAUUAUUUUUAACGUAUAACAGCAAAAAGAAGGAUUGUCAAAAGCAUUACAAACAAAUUCUGUAUGUGUGUUUUUGAAAGAGUGUGUGGGACAGGGGCGGUGGGAAUGAGUUUUAUCACCUCAUUUAAGUUACCUGUAUUAAAAAGAAGAAACUUUUAAAACAUGGUUUAAAAUAAUAAACACAAAAUAAAGAUUGCUUGAACCACA